AUGUCCUUGGACACGAGUGCGGAAACGUCACCUCGGCUACCGUUCUUUGCUCUUCAAUCCCGCCUCCCAGCUCCGUUGCCAACAGCGGAGGAGAUUGAAACUUCGAGCGAGCUCCUUCAGGAAUAUACCGGCCGACGAAUCGUGCGUUUCGGUGACCAUUACAUAAUAAAAUAUGGCUUAAAUGUGAGCCCGGUCGAGGGUGAGAAUAUGUUACUAAUCGGAAAGAUAUUGCCCGCCCAUGUGCCAGAAGUAUAUGCAAUAUAUUCCACCAAAAAUGAAGAAGGCGGCCUUGUCUACUACAUAAUCAUGGAACGCAUCGCUGGACAUGGGCUGGACGCCUUAUGGAACGGCCUUGACUCAGCGAGAAAAACUGAAAUUGCUCGAAAACUGCGGUCGUGCCUGGACACAGUACGGAGGCUCCCUUCCCCAGGUUAUUUCGGGUGUAUUGGCAGACGGAAAUUCGAAGAUUCCAUGUUCUGGGUAGCGCCCGAUGAUGAUAGUCUGAGCUCUACAAUCAGCGGGCCGUUUGAGUCGGAGUCUCUAUUAAACAGCGCUUUAAUUGAGAAGUAUCUUUAUAACAGUGGACUGGAUCAGAAGGCUGCGUUUUACCGCCGCGUACUUCCUCUCAUUCUGCGUGGUCACAAGCCAGUAUUCACGCACGGCGACUUGCACAGAAAGAAUGUCAUAUUAAGGGAAAACGGUGAGCUCGUUUUACUUGAUUGGGAGGCCGCUGGUUGGUAUCCCGAAUACUGGGAGUAUGCCAUGGCAAUGUUUGCGUGUGGCGCUUGGCAGGAUGAUUGGCACGAGUUCCUCGGCCAGGUCUUGGUAGAAUACCCAACCGAAUAUGCAUGGUUUGAUAUGCUGAGGAGAGAAAUAUGGAGCUAG